CACAGUACUGCGCUCGGCACUUCAGAUAUUGUAGUGUGCGUUAAAAUUUCUUCAUUGCAUGAUCCUAGUGGACUACUGGUACGAACGUGGGCGGCUAUUUCUGCGAGGUUAUUGUACGAACUGGUUAGUAAUAGGCUGCUUGGAAACCGGGCGCCGAAUCUGUGGGGCAGGUCAUGGCAAUGUUGCUUGUGCGGAAUCUGGGGAAGCUUGGCUGGCCGGGAUUACGACAUAUAAAUCGGCAUCAUCACAUUUGAUUAUAUUUUCUUUCUUGCCCCCGGUCCAUUCAUGUUCCCAUUUCUUCCAUUCAGCAGAUUUCCGGUGUCCUUUUCUGGGGCCAGUCCUUUCAUCUUCUCUUCAGGAUUUCACUACGUUUGUCUCUGAAAUUAGAUUCCUAUAAUGAAGCUCAAUACUUCGAUGCUCCCCAGAUUUCGGGGACUGGACGUGAGAUUAAGAUUAUUGAGUGUUGCAGUCCUAGUCGUUGCUUCGGCAAGCACAGCUCUCGCAGCCGGGUCCCGGAGAAGAAAAAUCAUCAUGCUCGAGAAGUCGGGCGGGUUCAAGAUAGGGGGGACAGUCAUCACGGACGGCACAAAUCCAAACCAGACACUGUCCUGUAAUCGCGGUUGCAUAGACCCCCGCAAAAUAAGUCUCGUCCUAUGGCACUCCUCCUCCACCCAAGUCUUCCAAAACCGCUGGGACGGCGGCCUAGGCUACAAAGAAUUCUGGCUGCAACGCGACUACCCCGUCUACCAAUGGGACGAGCCCCGCGUAGGACGCACAAACUAUGCCUGUGUCCCCAUAACCUAUUGCCCCUUCUACCGCGACGCCAACAACUUCGUCAGCUGGAACUUCGGGCCCUCAUACCUUACAUUUUGGCCCGGGGGUGCGGUGAGGAAGAGAUACGAUGAGCUUGAUACCGAUGAGAACGUUCUAUUGCAUGCGAACGCCGCAGCCUUCGCCGCCGAUUCAGGCAGGUUGGGAGAUGGGCUUGUCUACGUGACGAAUUUAGCUGCUGGAAUGCGUGCGCAGAUGACUGCUAUCCUAUCGAACUCAACGAACAUCAAAGGCACCGUUGCCUACGAGAGUAUUGGCUAUGCCUUCCCUGCCUCUUUUAACAUCACUGGAUUCUGGAAUCGCUGGGCUCGGAUGAGUAGGGCGGCGGCGGGGCUGAUCAAUGAGUUGGGUGGGCAAGCGGAGGUGUUGGUGUUGGGAGAGGGGAUGGGGACCAUGUUGAGGGGGAAUACGCAUAUUGUGUUUGCAGAUAUGAAUAAUGAGCAUGUGGUGGGCCGUGAUGGAGAAUUGGCUGGAGAGGAUGGGGUUGUAUGAGUACGUCGGGGUGACCGAGUGAGGUGAUACGGUUUGAGCUGGGAUGUAAGAGAUAGAAAGGAAAGGAACAACGCAUUUUUAAUUGAGGAUGCAUAGC